GUUCAAAGAGAGGGAAAGAGAGAAAAGAAAGUCAUUUUAGAGACUGAGGCAGAGCCAUUUGCGGUUUCUCACCAUGAUCAGGCUCUUUGUCCUGUUUUUGCCUCUGGUCGCCUCUCAGUCCAUUUCGGGGUGGGUGGAGUCCCCCGGUUACCCCAGAGGUUACCCAGAUGAGGCCAAGUUUGACUGGAAGAGGUGUGCCCCUUCUGGCCACACCCUCUCUCUCACUCUGAUACACCUGGACAUGGAGGACAGUGAUGAGUGUCAGAAUGAUGCACUGGAGAUCUCGAACGAUGAAGGGAAGCUUGUCUCCUUGUGUGGUCAGAAGUCAUAUGAGGAGCUCCAGUCAUCAGUUAAUCCUUCCCUCCGAUCCUCUCCCUCUGGCUGUCUUAUGCUUUCGUUCCACUCAGAUUACUCCAACACCCAGAGGCACAGCGGCUUCAGGGCCUUUUACACUGUGCAAGAUGUGGAUGAGUGUGCGGAUUUAGACAAUAGAUGUACUCAGUUCUGCGGCAACUACAUUGGGGGAUACCGCUGUUUUUGCCGACCAGGCUACUACCUGGACACAGAUGACCACACCUGCACAGUGAACUGCUCUGUGAACCUGUCGGGCUCAACUUUGGGUACAGUGUCCAGCCCGGGUUGGCCUGACUCAUAUGCAGAGUAUGCCCAGUGCUCCUACACACUGUCAGUGGAUGAUGGCCUCCAGCUGGUCCUGGAAUUCACAGGGAACUUUGACAUACAGGAAGGGGAGGAGGGGGAAUGCAUUGACUCCUUGAAGGUUAAAACCCCCUCCCGUGAAUUUGGGCCCUUCUGUGGCCAGAAACCUCCUCCAUCUCCUCUUCUCACUGGAUCUCAUCAGGUCACGAUUCUCUUCAGCACAGACGGAACUGGAACCAACACCGGGUUCACAAUCACUUACAAAACCACAGCAAAGACGUGUCCCAGCAUAGUGACAUCCAACUCGAGCCUAACUCCCCAGCUUCCACAGUAUCGCUAUGGCGAUAAAGUCAAUGUGAUGUGUGACCUUGGGUAUGCCCUUGACACUUCUCAAGUAGGCAAUGAGAUCCUAAGCCACAAAGAGUUUGUGUCUUGGUGUCAGAGGACUGGGGUCUGGAGUCCUGUCUUUCACUGUGAACCUGUGGACUGUGGAAAUCCUGAUGUUCCUGUGGGUGGACCCCUCCAGCUGGUGAAUCAUAACCCUAGCACGACGUACAAGGAUGAAAUUCGAUUCCAGUGUGAAUCUAAGUACUACAGAUUGGAUCGAGAUGAAAAGUAUUUCUGUGAUGCUGAGGGAAACUGGAGGUCUGAGAGUGGUCAUGCUACGUUCCCUAAAUGUGAGACAGUGUGUGGAAAGACAGAGAAUGAGAUCUCCAGCUUCUCCAGGAUUUUGGGGGGCCAAGAAGCACAACCGGGCGAAAUUCCCUGGCAGCUAUGGUUCUAUUCACGCAGAGGAGGAGGAUCUCUGAUCAAUGACCGCUGGGCUGUCACAGCUGCUCAUGUGGUGGAUGGAUAUGAAGAAAGUACUUUGCGUAUUUAUGGGGGUUUGGUGCAAGCGAAGGGAGCGUACGGCAUUGAGCAACGGGGGGUGAAGCCUGAGGACGCAAUGAAGACUAAUCCUGGCCUGGUAGUGUUGUAUUCUCAGAAGAUCCUUAUUCACCCCCAGUACCAGAGGGGCCUAACUGAUGUGGAACGCUUGAACUUUGACAAUGACAUCGCUCUGAUAAAACUGAAAUCCAGGGUUAAUCUGGGUCCCACCAUACUUCCCAUUUGCCUACCAGAAAAGAAGGAAGGGCUAUCAAUGGAAAAUAAGGUGGGCACAGUUUCAGGCUGGGGGUUAAAUGAAGGUGGUGUACUAAGUAGGAAAUUGCUUCAUACAAAUAUUGUUGGUUACCCCCACAGUGAUUGUUCUGAUACUCCUACACAUCUGAGCAAACUCAUGAAAAUGAUUUUCACUGAGAACAUGUUCUGUGCCGGGGAACAAGGACACGACAGCUGCAAGGGUGACAGUGGAGGGCCCUUUUUCAUUCCCAGGCUUGGUUCAGGUAACAAGGAGAGCAAAGGGCCAUAUCGCCUGUAUGGCAUCGUGUCCUGGGGUGCAGAAUGUAAGGAUAAGGGCUACUACACCAAAGUGGAGAACUACCUGGACUGGAUUAAGGAGACGAUUGAGAAGGAAGAGAGUGAGGAGUGAAGACAUUAAAGAGCACCUUUUUCAGCUACUAUCAAUGAACAUGUUUAUGCCAUUAGAGCAUAAUUAUAAUGGUAUAAUUAUACUUAUAUUAAUUAUAAGUUUCCUGUGUAAUGUACAUGUCAUAAAAUAUGGAAACACAGGAGUAAUAUUUGAAUUGUUGCAAUAUUUUACCAGAGAUAGACAGGUACGGUGUAGACUAAAAUCAUAUUUGGAGGUUGAUUGUGUUGAAGAUCAUGGAGCAGGAUUCAGGUUUAAUUAUGCAUAAUUGGGUGUGAGAUUGUCCAUUAAAUUAAGAUUCACAUUUUACUUGGAGCAUGGAUAGAGCCGUUUUCACUCUUAAAUGAAAAUGAGAAAAAACCAUCAUGGUUGUAAGCAAGAGGGAGGCUGAUUGUACUGAGACCUCAUCAGUUAAAUAAGGACUUACAUUUUUCUUGGAGUCAGGAUAGUAAUUUUCAAUCAGCAUCUAAAAAUAAGAUGAAUAGAAUCUAAUCAGAAUGAGUCAGAAAAAGAAAUUAUUUCAUGAAGAGUAAGGGUUGUGAGUCAUAUGAAAAUUAAAUUAUGUUAUGGUCUGUUUCACCAAUGGAUAACUUUACAAUUAUUGUUUAUAGUAGCUUUCAUUUGGGCUGGAGUGAUAAUUGAAAUAGCUGAAAAUGGCAGUGUUGUAUAAUAACAUGUAUGUUGUCUCCAGACUCAAUAUCAUGCUAUUUCUUACUUGUGGAACACCGUGAAAUGAUUGCAAUGAAAAAGAACUGUCUAGAUAUUGUAAUAUGAGCAGUAAAACACAUAAUAACUGUAAAAUCAUUAUCACUGACAAUUGUUUCAACUUC